UUUUAGACCAUUUCAUUGAUAUGGUAUUGCCUUUUCUAAGUCCGUUGAGAUGGCAGGCUCUGAUAUAUGGAGUGUGUUCACUAUACAGAUACACUCCAAGACACAAUCCCAUGUAUAUAUAUAUAUAUAUAUAUAUAUAUAUCUUAUAAAUAAUGCGUCAAAUAUGUUCAACCAGAAGGUGUCACUAUUACUGUACAAUUAACUGCUUUAAGAAUAACAAUUGUGAGUAAAUUUUCCUUCCUACUGGGCUUUCUCUUAUUUGUUCUUAGAGUUUUACGCAUUGCCAUCAUAGUGCCUUCGAUACGUUUCACCCGGCCUACUCCGUUGACCGUUCUAGCUUUCACUGGCAAACAAAAUCUUUUUCAUUAAUUUUUAUUAGCAAUUUGAAGACAAAGUAAUUUACAAAGCUCGGAGAUUAACACUAGCUUUUAUAUAUAUUUUCUGCUUUGUUCAGUGCAUGGCCUAAAUUACCAAAUAAAAUCGGGUAGCAGAUUGAACGAUUGUUUUGUUGUACUAUUGGAAUAAUUUUCAUUAUUACAUAAUAUGCGGUUAACAUGUUUGAGAACGUUGAGUUGAAGCAUAAUAUUCAUUACAAAUAAGCUUAAAUACUUUCAAAAGCAGUCACUGCUGACGGUGCAAGGCAAGAUAUCAGAAAGAACAACAUCGGCCCAAGUUACAAAAAUGCUAAGAAUGCAAACCAAACGGUUUGAAUAAAGGUGGGCCACGUUCAAAGCCAGACCAUCCAACAACUCAUGCCUUGACAGUACAAGUCCAUUCCCGGCUUGUGCUUAAUGGUACCUAGGAUUGUUUGGUAAAAUAACACGUUCGAGAAGUUUGCAACAAGGACCUUAAGACACUUGGGUUAAUCUGACCUAUUCUAUGAUAGGUAACAAGACCUUCAAUUUGAUAUGAAGAUAAAGAAAUUGAUUGAAGCAUUAUACGAUUUUCAAGCGGUUGGUAUUCUGGGUUGUUCGUUAACUCCGUACUGCGCUUGAGCUGGGUUCACCAAUCAACUUAAUAUCAUUCUGCACCAGAGUUGGGGUCGAACCAGUUUCUCGAAAAAUAGAAUAAAUCGGACGUUUGACCAGCGAGAGGGUCGUACAGUCAAGCAAAAACAGGUUUGUCGAAAUAAAGUAAUUCUGUACAAUCCCUGCACUCUCUUCUAGAGUAGUCCAAUCACAAUGCUUGCUUCUUGUCUUUAGAAGGUUCAUUCGACAAUGUAACAAAUUUAAUCCCUACUUAAGAUAGUAUAGUACUAGUACAAAUCGAUUAGAGUAUUUACUGAUGGUUUUUCAAUAUAAAGCAUACUAGUGGUUAAUCGCAGGUAAAUUGUCCAUGCAUUCCAGUUGUUUUUUUUUUUAAAUAAAAUUUUAGAGAUUUUUAGGAGAUUUAUAAAAAAUCUCAUCUAGUUAUUUAUACAUCCAUACAUGUAUUAUUGAAUAAAGACAGCGUUAUGUAUUGCUUUAACUCUAUAACGCUAAAGAUGGCUGACGUUUCGACAUAUGUUUUGAUACAACAGUUUCGUAAGAUUAUUAUUACACAAUCAAAUAUCAAUUGUUCGAUCCGCUAUUAAACGGUUAGGGACAGUGAGGUUUAACAGCAGCGAUGUUACUCCUUAUAGCAUAGGCCUGAGUAAGCGUAUAGCAGUGUGUUUCGUGUUUCAGCGGCUCCCCUUUGAAAGGUGCUGUUAUUGGGCCUCUAACCCGUCCGCUCACAUUGAUUAACGAAAAUCGUAAGUGGAGAACCUGGGUUUUGACAAACCCAUACGAACGCCUAUCUUAAUUGCUAGGGGUUAGUUGCUAAAUGUAACUCCUAAGAUAUUUUGAAGGUAGUCAUUGAAUUUUAAAGGUGGCUCAAAUCAUUCUAUAAGCAGAUUAUAUGAUCUACCCGUUUCGUCGUACAUAAUAACGGCCACGCCACCCUGGCGACCUUAGCCUCCCACUAAUGGUGUCGUUUCUAUUCCGCACCAUGCACAAAGUUUCCCGAAUCACACCUAUAACGAUCAUCUUGGAAGGAGCUGCACUUUAGUAUGACAUGAACCCUCCUUGCGCCAGUUCGUUUGUUUGAGCUGCUUCUGUCGAAAACUCAAUGGUUUUGAAAGGAAAUUUCAUGCCUGUGAACUCGAUUUUAAAGGUGUUGUACUUAGUUGUUCAUUAGCGAGGCGGCGCUUUGAAGCGUACGAAAGCUUCUUACAAUGAACGCUGCACUCAAUUUGUGUACGUCACACGUAAUGUCAGUCUUUCGUAUUCAUGUGUUAUAAGAACGCCACCGUCAAAUCACCUCUUGUCGUCGACUGAUACAUGAUAGAUUGCUACAUUGUUUACGAUGAAUAAGCUAAGCUGUUCAACUGCUGCAUGACGUGGGUUAUCUUUGACGCGGCCGUCGAACAAGAGGUUUAAUUACAGAUCUGGAGUAGUUGCAAUCUGGAUUUGAUUGCCUACAACUUGUUCACGGUGACCUGUAUGUAAACGAUGUCAACGAACGCGCAGCGAUUUUCUGUUUGUUUAGUUUAGGAGUAGCACAGGUUUGCGGUAAAAUUAUAGUACGCAAACCACAGAAUAUUUAUAGAGACCAUUAUUAUUGUUUUAAUUAAGUAUACUUCGAUUCGACGAUUGAGUUUUCUUAGCUCAUUACAUUCCAUGCUUUGUACUCUUCGGCGAAAAGGAGACUUCGAAGAUCAUGAGCUCAAAGUGUUUAGUUUUCAGACUCCCAUCCUCUGUGGCUAGCUAUCUCAUACGAGUUAUUUGUGCACUGUUUGCAACACCAAACACAGAACCACGGCAAACAUCGACGAGGAGCCACUGAAGUGAAUGAACUUCGUAGCUCGCUCCCCAUUAUCGUUAACGCUGUGUACUCGCCUGACAAGCCAGAUUUCUCCGUUUUUCUUUUGCCCUUGCUUACUCAGCCGUCCUCUCCGGUUCAGGCCGAUUUUCGCGCGAUCGAAGUAAGCUAAUCCAGCCGCGGUGUGACCCAGUCGCAUCAGCCAGUACCACAGCGAUGCUUGAUACUUCUUCCACAGUAGUUCGCCAGACAACUGCGAGGUACACAGAUCGCAUACGACGGAUCACACACGGACCGUCCCGCUCGUGUCCACAUAGAAGGUUCUACAGAAGAAAUUCUGCCUAUCGCGUACAUCCGUAUUGUCCACGAAGCACAAUACGAAGAGGUCGACGGUGGAAAGAAAGCUGCCGUUAAAGAGAGUGUCGACGCUUUGUCCACUAGCCUCAAGCCAAACUGUUAUUGGCUGCCCCCUAGUUUUAUUAUCCCAUUGAAGAAACCGAAAACAACUAGUGUCUACUUUCUGAUCAGUAAUAUUGUUUGCAAUAGCUACUAUUCUGAUUCAGCAGUGUGGCGUCACAAAGGUCCCUCCUCGGUGAUUUUUCCGCGGGUUUCCAAUCCUGUAGAAAGUUUCACCAAAACGGAUAAGAACCAUGUACAUGUUGGGAAGGAUGUACCGCAUUCUAGCACUCGUCUUGAUCUUAUUCUGUUCAGACUUUGAAUAUCGGGCCAAAUCAGAGGCGGCGACAAAAAUCAAGCAGACGGUCAGCAAUAUCCGAAAUGAUCUUCGCAACCGCGUGGGAAAUAGGACCCGAAACCAGGGUAACCGGACUCAAGAAUUCAAUCCAGCAGACCCUCUGUCGAUUCGAUUUUUGGUGUUUGGUGACUGGGGAGGUAUACCCUUCUAUCCGUAUAGCACGGUCAUUCAACGUCGAACAGCGAAAAAAAUGGCCCAGUUUGCCUCUCGGAAAGAAGUGCAGUUUAUACUAGCGCUUGGAGACAAUUUCUAUUUUACUGGAGUGCGAGAUGUCAACGAUCGACGAUUCCAAAGAACGUUCGAAGAAAUUUACAACGACGGAUCGAUGAGAAUCCCAUGGUACAUUAUCGCCGGAAACCACGACCAUGACGGGAACGUCUCAGCUCAAAUUGCCUACUCAAAGGUUUCAAACAGAUGGAUCUUUCCAGACUAUUAUUAUAGCCGGACAUUUGAAAUACCUGGCACGAAGGGGGAUACUCUGGACGUGUUUAUGCUAGACACAGUUCUCAUAUGUGGGAGGACAGCAGGCAACGAAGAUGACCAACCGAUCCCGCAAACUCGAAGCAAAAACUAUUCGAAACAAUUCCGAUGGCUAAUCGCUGAACUCGAAAAGUCUAAGGCUAAAUAUAUUCUGGUAGCUGGACACUAUCCAAUAUACUCCGCGUGCUCGCAUGGAACCACUGAUUGUCUAGUAUCGGAGAUGGUUCCUAUUUUGCAGAAAUACAGAGUAAACGCGUACCUAGCAGGACACGACCAUGACUUGCAGCACAUUCGACCUGACCUCGGUCCAGGAAAUUGGACAGUUGAAUAUUUUGUAUCAGGAGCUACCAACUUUAUCAACCCCUCGCUCAUCCAUAAACGGACGCUUCCAAAGGACUCAUUAAAGUUCGCAUGGGCAUCGCUAUUUAGCUAUGGCGGAUUCGCGUAUAUGGAGGUCAACCGGCAUCGAAUGGUUAUGCAGAUGUACAGCACGGCUGGAAUUAUGCUGCAUGAGCAUACCAUGCCUCCAAGAUUUUAAAAACCGCGCAAUUCUAAUAGGUUUACUGUUUGGCGAUACAAUACAACAAAAACACCUUUAUUUAAAGAAGAAUGUAUAGGAUAAUGCCAAGAGUCAAUUGAGAAGUUUUGAAUUCGUAAACUGAGUUACCCAAGCGAAGCCGUUAUAUGAAUAUUUUCAUGGCGUAUAAGCAGUCAUGAGAAAUCGAUGUUAGUUUUAGUGUAGGGAAUACUGUAACAUAUAGUUUAACAAGACUGUUACAGUAAUUCUGGGACUUGCAUUGGUUGCUUCCUAAUUAUUAAACGGCUCACUUUAUUUAAUAAUUAAUCAUACAAAUUAUUAUUAUUUAGAGAGUCUGCAUUGCGACGCGUAUUGAAUAGUACCUACUGAUAUGAACUGAGAAGACCGGUUACUGUUGGCGAGUAGGACCUCGCGCGGGCUGUAACGUAUAACAAAUCGAUUUGAGAGCUCCAAAUCAUUUUGUGCAAUAACUAGUCCAUUAAAUCCAUAAUAUUCAUAAUAUCUAACCUAUUUAGGUAGAGGGGCAGCCUCUUUCAGCACCUAAUCUUUUUUUUUAUCAUAUAGUGGCAUGGGUGCCAUAAAUGAGCUACUAUUAACGACCUUCAGUUUUCUUGGCGAUAUUCUGAGUAGGAUCGAAUUGCGCUGUAGUGCUUAUUGGGUUAAGAUGACCCUUACAAAGGCGGGCAUUUUUAAAGAUGUGUAGUAAUGUCAAUGAGAGCUGACUGAUACCUUGUGAAAGAAUAAUGAACUACAUCCUUGAUGCAGAGCUUUAGGUGUUCAAUAAACAGUAAAAUGUGUAUAAAUACUCUGUACAAUGUCGAGUCGACUAUCUAUCUUUUUAAUUCAUUCCUUGGUGGAAAGACAGUACAUUUUGGAAAGGCCGAGUAGAGAAACGUUCCAUUAAGUCAAAAUGAACUUGCUCAAGUGAACAGCUUCCCAUAACAAUACAGGUGACACUUGCCACAAAAAAGCGUGUCUGGAAUUUCAGAAUCAGCAUUCUUUAUGAAGAUAAGGUCAACAUUGUUGGUUAGAGCAAGCUUACAAUAUUUCAGAAGUUUGUUUUAAUAGUUUUUCCAACGCUUCGAUGAAUGAUGCUAAACUGUUGCGUUUCUUCAACGUUAAUAAUGAUUACAGGAUUUUUUUAAGAACUUGAAUGAUUGGUAUUUUUGGAUCUAGGCGUUUGACCUCCAGAUGUGAUUAUUUUUUACAUCAUUUACACUCCAAAUCCUACUGUUUCGAAGUAAUCUCUAUAUUAUUAUUAGUUACGUUCUAGAUUUAUAUGUGCUCGGAGGAACAGCCCAUUCUUGGGCGAGACUUAGUUGCAGUACGCUAUGAAAGAUUUUAUUCUGAAAAUGCAAUAUAAGACAGAUGACACAAAUGACCAUCAAUACGUUUUUAUUUAGUAAUUACUAUGCCAUCCUUUGUAACAGCCGACAACUAAUUAUAAUAAAACCCAUUGUCUCAAAGUUUAAAUGUUCUCGGUUAAUACCUGGCUAUAAAACAGGCCUGGAAUAAUUACUUUUACAGUCUGUUGAGCUCUAAUUAUUUUCAAGUACGAGUUAUCAGACAAAAUUUUCAUAUGGUAAUCUCUACCGAUACAAUGUAUUUACUUACAGAUAGUUUUAAAGAAACCUCUAUAAGUAAUUACACUGACCUGCAUGUUAAAGGAACACACCUUUUAAAAUAAUGACACGUUUGUUAACAGUUGUCAUAUGUAGUAGAUAAUUUUAUUACAAAACACACUUUACCGUACUUGUUUCGCAUUGGUCAUCACCAUCAAAUAUUACUAAUAUAUUAAUUAUCCUAUUAUAUUAUUAUUAUUAAAUUAUUAUUAUUAUUAUUACCAUUAGUAACGUUUUAUCUGUCUAAGGUGUUCCGUCACCGCUUCAUCGAUAGAAUACACACAAGAGACAGGCUAUGGCAUCGUCUAGCCAGGCCAUGAUGGCUACAAUCCGUUUUCGACGCUUUGCAACCUUACCUUACAGCGAUUGUGUUACAGUUAUUAUCAUUUUCCUUUUCGUUGUUUUCCGUUAUCCUUUUCUCAGUUUCGGCUUCGCAGGGGUAUCUUCCUAGGCUUAUUUUUUAUGCUUUUCCAUCGACCCAUUCAGUUUCCUCCUAUAUAUAUAUAUAUAUAUAUUCUCUUUCACACUAACUUAAACAGCAUCAUUGCUUUACUGAUAAUUCGUUCUGCACCAAAGCAGUUCUGCAAAUAUUUUCCAGGUGGCUCUUGUAUCAACGAACCCAGCCGCCGUGUCCCCGUGUAAACUCUCAUUUCCAUUAUGGUGCAUCGAUGUUUGUCUGUGCGCGUGUGUUAGGCAAAAGAAUUUUCGUAAAUGACGUGUUACUGCAUCUAAAUUUAUUAGCCAAAAUUAGACAGCUAACGGGCCUCUGCACAUGUCCCUCCUUGGAGCAAACAAUUAAGAGAGUGUUUGUGUUUGGGUCAGUGGCAGGUAAGUGAGAGAUAGGUUCAAACUCGCUUCCAAUCUGCUUUUUGACGUGAUUAUGAGGGUGUAUGAAGCUCGCUGGUCUAUGAUUAUAUAUAAUAAUAAUAUAUACCUCCUAUGGACGAAUACUCAUUCGAGUCCACAUUUAUGCAACGAAUUGUGUUACGGCUAUUUGUCAAAUUUGGCAUUUUAAGUAGCCAGGUACACGGCAAACGAGUGAAAGUUGUCUGAAUAACAUCGGUACAGAUCUGUGACAUUUUGAGACUCCAAACAACGGUAAGCCUUAAACCUUUAAGUGCAUUAUGUGUAUAUUUACUAGAUCUGUAUCUUUUUUGUAAAAUAUUUAUUUGGUCGAGAAUUUUAGAUAGAAUGAACUCAAAUAAACGCAAAUAAUUCAUCUAAUCUCAUGAGGUGUAGUGAAAAGCGAAACGACCGCCCGCGGUACUUUCCACUUUUCACUAGUGGCAGAUCAGCGUCUGUUAUCCUAGAGCCAUCACUAUCAUAUAGAGUUUCCCACUUAUGCCUAAAGUUAUGAGGAUAGUACUAAUAAAUUUGGUUUUUGUUGACACCAUUUUGCCCUAUCAAAGACCGGAACACGUCGAUAUAGUACACUUUCACGAAAGAAGCGUCUGCCACAGUGUUGGCAAAGCCACAGUCAACGAAAGCACUAUAAAGUGGCAGAAGAUAAAUAGGAACCACAGAAAUGGCUCUACAUCCAUUUUUGGGUAGCUACACAUGAUCCGAAGUGAUUUGUCUAUUCCUGUAUCAGGUCCGCGAGCUUGUAAUUAUAUAUGUACAUGUGUAUAAGCAUAUGAAUAAAUACAAACGUGUUGACUGCGAAGGUUAACUUUUCUGAAACUCUUUACCCUUAGUUACAAACACAAACAGAUAGGUGGGUAAAUUUGCGACAACUGCUCAAGAAAUUGUACGUCACUGCUUUGCGCCUUGAUUCGGUUAACGGAAACUGGUAAUAAAUGAAGCCUGACGAUAAAUCAACGUAUAUGUAUCUACUCGACGAAAAAUAGUCAUAGAAAGUAACAACCACAACAACCAAGUAGAAGUGGUAGAAGCUCGGUAAGUUUAUUGACGUACAUACGCAAAAGCAGAGAUGGCCAAUAUUAUCAUUAAUCACUACUUCAUCACACGUUAACUUACUUGAACCUGAAGAACAAUGAAAGAAAAAGAUAAAAACCAUAAUUGCUAUCUACGGAGAAAGGGUAACGAGACUAAGAUUAGCGUGACUGGCAACAAUUACGCAUCGAUCUAUGACUAUAGCCAAAAAGAGGAGAAACGGUGCAAAUCAAUAUUAUUUUCUUCAGAUGGCGUUAAGAAGACACUGUUAAAAUUAUUAUCCGAUUCUCUUUAAAACAAAAAGCAUGGGUUAGACAAUAUAUAAACAUCCUAUAACUAGGUUUACAACAGAAUGAAAGCAACGUUAUUAAUUAUGUGGAAUGUCGUGCUUAAGGUCGCGUAAUUAAAUCUUGCAAAUACUAGACGCACUCAUCUGACGGCACACUGUAUUCAUUAGAUGUACUUACUCGUACUUUAUAGUAUAGAAUUAUUACUCAUAGCGACAGUAAUAAAUAAUAAAGCAAGAUUAAUAAUAAUCCCCGCGUGACUAGAUAGAUGCAUGGCAAUGAUCUUCUUGUACUCACGUAUUGCGUAUAUAGACUACUCAACUAACAGGAUUUCAAGAUAUAGGCAAAGAAUAGCUUUAGUAUCGGAUUUUAGACUGAUGGCAAUCCGUUCGAAAAAAUGACGACAACUGACCGUAUUCACAAAUGUUGAAUCCUAUAUGUCCAUUUAUCUGUUGCUACAUGUAGGGACUCCGUAUCUGUGUGUUUCUCUGUAGAUGUUUGGUGUUCUCAUGUGUCCAUAAACUAAUCCGACUCAGCAUGAAACCGGCCAAUCUCGAUUGUUUAAUAUUCUUUAAUGUAAGUCCAUAAGUUACUUCAAUAGCCACAUGUAGGCGCUUACAACCAUGCCGCUACUUAUUAGGUGAUAGCGUUGUUUCCAAUUACCCAUUUUUCUAAAUUUGUUUUUUUGUUACGGAUACGUAUCACAAUGUUCAGAUAGAAAACUUCAGAUAUGAGGCGUUCUUCCACUCCAAUAAAUUGCUGCAAGCUCUUGCAGUAGAUUCAGAUACGACGAGCCUAAGGAAACAAAUUUGUGUUCACGUUUCUACUCAGGUACCUUUAUCUAUUUAGGUAGAACCUUUGAAAACCUCUAAUUGGGAAUCGGCACAAAGAUGCUUGUUAAAGUCUGGGCAGUUGUAGCCUAGUAUUAUGAUAUCCAUGUUUUGCCUUACUCCAUUUAUCAUCGAAAUCAACCGGUUUCAAUAACUUUAUCUUUUAUCUCCUCAUUGAAAGAUUUUGGGGGAUCCAUUUACAUGUAGAAUUCUACGUGCAUACGUAGGGGCUCAGUUCUCUGUUUGCAAUCAAGAUAUGAUUAUCAAGGCACGAAUCAGCUCGUUAAGAGGGGAGACAAUUAUUACGGUUGUUGCCUCAUAAUUACGUCUGUAUGUAGUAUUGUUCCAUAACGAAUUCUUACUUGUUUCACUGCUGUCAUAUGUAGAAUCGUAUUGUAGCAAUAGGUUAAAUUGCCAUAUUUGUUUAUUGUACGUGGUUUUUGUGUGGCUUCGUUAGGUGCCUACCACUCUUCAUUAUUACCGUAUGAAAUGAUCGAACGUCUUGAUAUCAAAAAUGCGACCCACCUAAGCUCUAUUUUAGCUACAGUACGUAACGUUUGUUAUAUAUUUAUACAGUACACACAUGUUUGUAUUUCGAACUGGUUCACUCUGACCUGCUGUAGAUCUGCUUUAGCAUCGACUCGCUAAAUAACGAGGACAAAAAAGAACAUAGGUUUUAGUUGAACUAAGCCAACUGUUUUUCGCUAAGAAGAUAAGCUGCUAAUUCUUCUACGCGUACACCAAAGUUUCUUUUUUUCUCUUACUUCAUCUGCGUACAUAAACCUACGACAUCCAAGCACGUAAGUUCCAUUAGCACCAGCUUGUUGAACGAACCAGGCCUCAUAUACAAUCUCACCCUUGCAUACGUUGCGAAAUUCGCUUGUCACCCAAAAUCAAAUGCAGUGCGCUCUUUCGAGAGCGCCCUGGAAUAAACGCCGCGCUGUCUGUCUGCGUAGGCUCAAUUAGGCUAAUACCUGUAGCUAAUCAAACUACCCGUUGGACUACAUGCAUUUGACAAUAUCAAAUCGCGAAGCACUAAUGCUUAUUGAAUAGCGUGGUGUCAGAACGCACACCUACGCCAUGAGUCCGUAGUAGUAGCUCCAAGUAGAGCAUUUGUUGUUUCGAUUGAAUAACAAUCAAAUUCUGCAAAUUGUGUAUGUUUUUUUAUCAUUUUUUGUAUCACUAUAGUAGAUCGUCUUGCUGUCCUCGUGUUUCUAUAUUCGCAUGUCUGGAAUUGUAGGCAGCUGUGUGUACCUAUUUGUGAAGCGGUCUUUGCCUAUUUUAGCAGGUGUUGUUGUGUACGUGUAUUUGUUCACGGAGCUGUAAAGCCGAAAGUCGCGUCAUUUCUCGAAAUACUUUUUUGGCUUUUUAAGAUUAUGAGACGAUUAAUGCCUAGGUAAUCUUUUAUUGAGAAAAGAUCCCGGUGGACGUGUGUCUGCGUGUGUAUUUGAAUGACAGCAGUGGCAUAUGGAGAAGGGUCUGUUCAUUUUGUUAUCUCAAAUAAUAAAUGGGAUCAACCGUCGAUAAAAAGCGUUUGUAAUUCAUAAUUGUUUGGUUUACUCUUCAACCUGUACAUAAGGUUUAUCCGUAGUGGCUCAAAACCUCCUUUCGCGAAAAUAUGUAUCGUAAUAUAUCCACAUACAUCGUUGUUGGAAAACUCAUCGCUAAAUGGACGCAAUCCUACUUUCUUUGGCGAUACAGGUCAACAGUUUUCUUAGUUCAGGUUUGAUCUUUAUUCUAUCCCUAAUCGAUCCUAAAUCUGUCCACUGAAUAAAAUCACGGUGCUAUUAAUAUCAUGCCACGUUUCAAUCAACAGAAGAAAAUAAGACAGGACUAUUUCGAAAAAAAUACACUUUAAAUGCGAAAAAAGGAAGCAUUUCCUAAUUAAACUAUAGAAGCCAUCCGCAGAAGUUUCAUGCUUUAUGCUAUGAGAAUAAACUGGGAAAGACUUAUACAUUGCUAAAAUCCACUAGAUCGGCUUUAUCAUAGCGUAUAGCGUAAACGUUCUAUGCCAAGCUAAGAUGAUGCCGCUACAUAGUAUGAUCUCAACGUUAAAUUACACAAGAUCGUACUCUAUUCAGUGGACAAUUUAGUCACUCUUGUCGAAUAAUCUUAUCACUUUAGUAAAUCUAAUGUUCUGAUAAAGCGUCAUGUUCAUUUUCCUCGAGAAAUUGUUUUUAAACAUCACCUAAUGUAUGUAUAUAUAUAUAUAU